AUGUAUGAUGACAGCGACGAAUCGAGCGACGAUAAUAGACCAACAGCUCAUUCAUCAUCAUCAUCACGAAAACGAAUACCAUUCGACCCAAAACCUCACUUGGUCACCAUCGUAAAAACGAAUACAGGAUUUGGUUUUAAUGUAAAAGGUCAAGUUAGUGAAGGAGGUCAGCUGCGUAGUUUAAAUGGUCAGCUUUAUGCUCCUUUACAACAUGUCAGCGCAGUACUCCCCGAUGGUGCCGCAGAGCGAGCCAACUUACGAAGAGGAGACAGGAUUCUGCAAGUGAAUGGUGUGAAUGUUGAAGGAGCUACACACCGGCAUGUUGUCGAUUUAAUAAAACACGGAGGUGAUCGUUUAACUAUGAUAGUUAUAUCUGUGGAAGACUCCGAUGUUGAUAGAUUCGAGUGCUGCGAAGAAAGUGUGAUCUCCUAUCGGCAUGACUAUUCCGAAAGUAGAUCGUUACCGGUUACUAUUCCUAACUACCACACAGUAAAUGAUGGUGUUGAAAAAUUUGUGGUUUUCAAUUUGUACAUGGCCGGUCGUCACCUUGGAUCGAGACGAUACAGCGAAUUCGUGGAGCUUCACCAACUUCUACGCCGGGAAUUCAUAGACUACUCUUUUCCAAAGUUGCCUGGGAAGUGGCCAUUUUCAUUAUCGGAACAGCAGCUUGAUUCGAGGAGGCGAGGUCUCGAACUCUAUUUGGAGCGCGUCUGUUCUGUAAAAGUAAUAGCCGAUUCCGAUAUAAUGCAGGAUUUCCUCAUGGAGUGUGAUCCAUCAUGCGAAGUUGAAGUCCGUGUGCUACUUCCAGACAGUAGUCAUGUUUCCGUAAAUAUUCGAAGGAAUUCUUCCACAUCUCUUCUUUUUGCAUUGUUAGCUCGAAAACUGAAUAUGACUCGUGACAUGGCUUUGUCGUGUGCAAUAUUCGAAACAAUGGAGCAGUCAUUUGAACGUAAGCUUUUGGAUGGUGAAUCUCCUCAUCAACUGUACAUCCAGAACUAUUCUUGCGCCUCCUCUUCUUGUCUUGUGUUAAGAAAGUGGAUAUUUGAUCCAGAUCGUGAAAGACAAUUAUGUGAAAAAGAUCCACUGUUUCGCCAGUUUGUAUUCCACCAAGCGGUUGCAGACGUGAACGAGGGGAGGUUGAAGUAUUGCCAGAAGAUGUAUCAGUUGAAAGCAAUCCAGAACGAAGGAAAUGCUGAAGAGUUUCUAGAACUGACGCGUAAGAUGUCUGGAUACAAUGAAAUAACCUUUCCGCCUUGUGGAUGUCCGACGAGGAAAGCAGGCGAUGUUAUAAUGAUUGUGCGGUUUUCUUCGCUACUUCUUACUUCUGAUCCACCAAACGCCGAGAUGCAAGUGGACAUUGGUUGGGGCGAUGUCAUGGAAUAUCACGUGGACGAAGACGGAAGAGCAUUUCAGUUCAACUUUAAACGAGAAGGCAAAAGAGCAAAACCAAUUAAACUCUUCAGCAAUUAUGCUGAGUAUAUGGCAGAGUGCUUUGCCCAGAUUCUUUUCGAGCGUCAGGUGGCCAACAACUGGAAACCAAACCGAUUUAUCACCGAGGACGUGGAAUCUAGUUCAAAUCACUGUACAGGGCAUAUCGGGACGAGGAUAAAAAUGGACCCACUCAUGGAUUGUUCUUUAUCGGCUGCGGACGAUGAUGAAGGGAAGAGCAGAACACAUGAGAUGAAAACGAAUGAGGAAGACAGCAACUCUCCUGGAAAGGUGACCUAUAAGACCGACUCUCAGUCAACAGAAGAGGCACUUGAUCCUGACGCUGCUGAAUUCCCUAUUCACUGUGAAAUCCAUGAAGAUUCUCAGAUGACUGAAGCUGUAACAGAAGAGAGUAGAGAGGUUGAGCAAUAUUUUCGUCCGCGAUCUGAAUCUCCUGAUGUGUUUCGGUCUACUUCACACCCUUCCACGAUUAAAACACAGUUUGAAGGUGCGACAGAGGAACAGCAGCACCAUGACACUGCUCCUACAAGUCCAGCGCAACGAUUUGAACUUGCCUACGAAAUGGAGGAUGCCCGUGACGAAGUUCGUAGCGAAAGCGGUGGCGUACGAUCGCGAGGACGUGGUGCUCGUGGUCGAGGAAGAGGUGGAACUAAGCCAUGUAGUGGAAGCGCUACACCUCUGAGUAACAGUCCUCUCGUAAACGCUGAAAAGAAACGUGCAGGACGCGGGCGUGGUAGCAAGCGUGGCAGAGGAUAUGGCUUAUCUCGUGUUGGCGACACGGUGGAGUCCGAAGUGGGUACUAUCGCCCACACCAUAUGUGGUGCUGAUGAUGUUUAUGAGUUCAAAAGCAGUCCCGAAAGCGAAUUUACUCCAAAUCAGCCUGAUUUCGGAACUCGUGAUGAACGAGAGCGUUCCCUUCCACCCAGUGCGAAACGGCAACGCCUCACUGAAACUCGCCCCGAAAGCCAAGGAGGCAGUGUUCAUUCUGGGGAGAUUGAAAUGGAUGAUGUGGAAGAGGAAGAAGGGAAUUCUAAACAUGGUGUUGGUGACAGAAAAGUUCCGCCCUUACGCAUUUCCCUCCCGAUUGCACCGUCUGACGAAGAUAUACACAGCGAGCAUUCAGUUCAUCAGCACACUGCUGGCCACAUUGGCGGUGCUCGUAAAGCUCCGCGUGGGCGACAUGGGAAACGUCACAACGAUGCCGAUGAGGCGCAGAGGAUGACUCGCAGUAAGGUACGUCAAACUGGAAAGGUGCUGGACGAUACGGAUGCUUGGACCAAGAAAAAGAGAGGCCGAGUCAAUGUCGCUACUGCAACAGUAGCUGGAGAUGAGGCAGAGGAAUCUGUGAUGGAUGAUGCAUCUCCGGUUGCUGAAUGCUCAGAUGACGUAUCGCCUACCUGUCAGACAUUGAAUUCCAUACCUGAUUCUUUGACCACUGAACAACGAAUCAUAUACGAAAACCCUCGGAGUGGAAUGUUUAGGCUUAAAAAAAUGUUGGCUACGCGUUGGGUCUCGGAUCUCUAUCAACAAAAUGAACAAUCUGCUGGAGGAAGAGAAAGAUUCAAGAACAUGUUACUAUUGACUGGUGAUUACUUAGUGCGGCGAAGUGAAUGUCGUAAACAAAAGGAACAUUCUGCUUCUGACGGGAAUCUCUGCAAAAACGAGAAAAUGACGGACGAAGCAGCAGUCAACGGGGAUGCAGAAUCGGAAGAUGAAAGGAAUGGUAUCUGUUCUGAAAUGAAGGCCUUGUGGAAGGAGCACAAUGAUGAACGAUCCAACAUGAUGAAUCGCAUGUACAGAGAGAGAAUAAAAUUGCGGUUGUUUUGGGAGGAAGAACUUUUGCGUAAGGAACAGAGAGAGAAGGGGACAACGCCUCUGAUGUCAGCUGUGAGAUUUCUACGCGAAAAUGAGAUGUGCAACGCACAGAUUUUGGAAGAAGCACCAGCUCAGUUGAAGGGCAUGGAUCAGAUGGAGUUUGCGGAGAGAUGUAACAGAGCAAUUAACCAGAUGUUUAACAGACAUAAAAUGGAAGCAAGCUCUUUGUUUGGAGCCCAGAGGGACAUGUGGUUGUAUGAAGCUCGUCGUCGUGGUCUAGACGUAAAUGCUGACUGGGUGAAAAAGCUUGCUCGUGGAUUAAAGGCAGCAUACCACGAAUCUGAGGUGGUGCGGAUUUCAGAUUCGUGGGGUGAUGCCUUUAAACCAGGAAAACACUACUGUAGUAGGCUGUGCUAG